AUGCAGGCCAGCGGGGCUGCAGGAGCAGCAGCGGCAGCAGCCGCGGCAGCAGCAGCAAGCGAGAAGGCAGCAGCGCGGACCCCAAAAUGCUCCCGCUGCCGCAACCACGGCUUCGUGGUGCCGGUGAAAGGCCACGCCGGCCGGUGCCGCUGGAAGCAGUGCCUCUGCGACAAGUGCUCCCUCAUCGCCGAGCGCCAGAAGAUCAUGGCAGCCCAGAAGGCGCUGUGGCAGCAGGUGCCCGACGCCCCUGUCAGGGUGGCUGUGGGCUCCGCUCCCUCAGGGGAGGACGUCGCGGCCGGUGCCUCUGAGCAGAGCAGCCACGUGCGGGCGAAAGGCGGCCAUUCCGCCGUUGGCAGUGACAAAGGCACGGCACGCAGGGGUCUGCCGCCACCACCUGCUGGCCCUCCCUUCUGGGACUACGCUCACUCUGCUUUUCCUCCAGAAUACAAGGUCAGCACAGAAUACAUGGAGAGAGACCCUGCAGGAGUGUAUCCUGCUUGUUCUGGGAUGUAUCCUUACCACCCAUUUCCCAUGGGAUUUGCCAUCAACCAGCCAGGCUGUAAGGGAGCACCAUCACCUCCAGGGAUUUCACUUCAGAAGGGUUUCCGACCCGUUCCAAGCAGCUCUGGACCAGGGAAUGCAGCUUCUUUGUCAAUUCCAGAUGGAGGUGGAGAUUUCCAUCAGGCAUACUACACUCCUCUGCCUCAGUUUGUCCCACCAACUUUUCUGCCAGGGGUUCAUUAUAUUCCACCUCCCCUGUCACUGAAUGUGUUUGCUGAAGCAGCCAAGGAAGCACACGGUCCUGCAGCUGACAGCCAGGAUUCAGGGAUGGUUAGUGAACCUAGCCAACCAUCUUCUUCCCCAGAAGAAGCAAGCAGAGACCAAUCUGUAUGUUCUAAACAGUAA